UACUUUUAAAUAAUUAUACCCUCCACCACCAUUAGGAGGAUAGAGGGUAUAUGGAAACACAAAAUUUCCGUCAUUCCAUGUGCAACAUCAAGAAAUAUUUAUCUGACACUGUGAUGACACUGGAGGCAAGUACUUACCACGCUCGCUUAUAUAACUACUUACUACGAUCGACUGCAAAUAUGUGAGGUCUUAAUAAACAUCAUUGUCAACUUAUAAAGUCAACAUGGAACAUUUUGACAUCUUACAAUUGUUACUACUGGUCAUCGUUUAUGAACUAGUCAAAUAUGUUUUUGGUCAGAAAGUAUUGAAUAAAAAGGAACGCCCUCAACACUUGACACCAACUCGCCAUAACUUAAUAAAUUUAAACAAAACUAAUAUUGAGAUCAGUGGUUUGAAACCCUUGCUGGACGAGGAAGAGGGUAGUGAAUUAACGAAUUCUAUGGAUUAUCAAGGAACACCCACGGGGAUACCAGAAUUAUCCAUUAUGGCCGCCACAUAUAAGUACCGUUUAAGAAAUCGUCAAUUGCACACAAAGGCUAAGAGAACUUUACAAUUUUAA